AUGAAAAUCCUGGAAGCCAUGAUACUUUCCUACAAGAAGGCUGUGCCCUUCAUUUUUCACUUUCUUAUGACCAUUUUCGUCACUUUCGUGACCCUCUAUGCCAUCGAUCUCCCAGGUAGGGUCUACAAUCUCAACCAUCGUCGGCCUCAGUUCGUGGACCUCAAUGGCUUAAAGACUGAAGCUGGUAUCAAAUCCUACAGACCCCUGCAGUCCGACAUCACAACCGCGCUUACCUUCGCAGCCAGUGCCACCCGCGCGGCGGCUGCGUGCUGGGCCGCCAAGCUUCUUUGGCGGUAUGCAUUUAUGCUCAUGGAGAAGGGUGAAAUUACGAUAGCCGGCUUCUCCAAAGUCGUCGAUGGUGGAAUAAUGACGCUGCUGUGGCCUCGCGACGUAGCGAACCGAAAAAAUGUCUUUCUCGCCUACCUCAUUAUCUUCAUCUGCUUCGGGAUGGAUUAUUUCUCGUCUAUCCUGACGGGAUCUGUCACCUGGCAACUCUCCUCCAUUAUGGUGGAGGGGUCAGUUCCCCUUACGAACAUCCCGCAGGGAAUAGCCGGGACCGAUAUUUCCACUUAUCGAAACUCAUCCGUUUUCGGUUCGGCCGAUGCUAUUGACGGCGGAGGGGCGAUUGAAUCGGUCACCUAUGCUGCUAAUCCAUAUGUCACCAGACGUCCUAUUAUCCAAUGGGGAGGCCUUCUCACUAUUCGAUAUCUUCCCGUUGGUUCCACGCUGGAUUCCGUCCGUCUGCCGUAUUUCAGAGUGGAUAAGUUUGAAUACAUCACGGAUCCUGACACCACCCUCACGAGUCAGCAGAAAUUGUUGCUCAAUGAUACUAGUGUUUACAACCCCUACAACAAUGACCGGGGAUUUGCUGCGCUCCUUCCUGACACUUCUUGGGGUCCAGGUUCUAGCCUCAAGUUACCAGGUGCCGUCAACGUGACUGAAUCUCGGAUUCUCAGCAUGCAAGUCCUUUUUGCAGACCUAUCCCAUCCAAUUUGUAAUGCGAGUGCCUCCGGGUUAUCCAUACCCCCCCAUGUCAACCUCUACCUCACUCUAACUCUCAACUCAACGUACUACUCGUGCUUCGCAUUUGCAAAUGUGACGUAUACAGCAGGCGCCGCAAUUUGUCAGGAUUGCGUGGUCGUCGCGCCUGCCGUCGUUGAGGCAAAUCUGUACGGCGCAAACCUCCAACCCGUUCCAGAUCCCCUGACCAUCGAGGCUCUGGCAAUAACCCCGGCAGUCGCAUCAUACUUCUAUCUGAUCAAAAGCUAUACAGUUUCCUUUUUGUCCGCUAGUCCUACGGACGUCGAGGUGUCUGACAUUCAAAGUUAUGCGAUUGAAUAUGUCUCACAGGCCUAUCAAUCCGCAUGGUCAUACCUGGUUGUUGAACUUGGUGAUCUGGGUCCAGAGAACCAGACAAAUGUGGUAUUUUCCAUCCCUGCUUCGCAUGCCACCAUUUUUCGAACGAGGGUCUACAUUUGGGCUGGGUUGCAUCUGGGGGUCUUGCUAUGUGGCAUCGCCUUCGCCUAUUGGCAGAGUCAUUACCGACAUCCGUGGUUUUCAAAUCCUGCAAUCAUAGCAUUCCAACUUGAUACGGCGGGGAUUUUUAAGGAAGGCAGAGUGGCCAAUCCAAAGGACCCUUGGGAUCCAACUGCAGAGUAUCCAGCUGGAAGGCUGCAACUGCAGGAUUAUGAUAAUGAACGCCCUGGACAGCCAAGAGCCGUGACAUUAUUGCAGGAAGACGCAGACAAGUUGGAAACCGAUCAAUUUCUGGGCGACGUUUCAGAGAAUAAAUUUACACCACGUAUCAACCUGGGUACCAAACUUGAUCUUAGCCAUCAUAAAUUUACGCCAUACGACGACCCAUUUCGUCGGCCUGUUAUGUCUCAUACCACGCCUCUCGCAGUUCCCAGCAACCUCAACAGUCCAUCUGAGAUCAUGCAGAAGCCCAUUGAUUCCUUGACAAUGGCUAACAUCAGACAGGGCCGAUCUGUCACCCUCGUCGACUUGGGCAGUGAUGCUAUGCAUGAGAAGUCAACACUGCGUCGCCGUUGGACCGCCAACUUUCCUGAUUUAAUACCCCUUCCUCCUCAAAGGUUUAGAUCUAAGCUUAUGGCGGCGAUAUAUAACAAGGUGCUGAAGGGGAAGGAUUUUUCGGGUGUUUUCAACAAGGAGAAGGGCAAAGAUAAAACGACGACGGAGGACAACGGGAAAACCUUGUGUGUUCCUGUACCAACUCUUAGGCUGGAGCUAUUGGCGGGAUGGCCUCUCAACAGCAUCAUCGCGAGGCGGGGUGUCCGGAUCCAGAAGGGCGUGUUGGCUGCAAGGGACAAGCGAAUGGGUCAUUGGUGCUUGCGGAUUCUAGCAUGGCGUGGGCCUAUCAUCACUGACAAUGUUCACUUCCCAGCUGGUGUCAAUUCCGUCGUGCUUUACCCCCUUUGGACAGCUCCCCUGAGCGUUAUUCCAACAUGGAUCGUCCAAAUCCUCCAGACUGGUGUCGCCCUCAAACAUGUUGCUGUACACCACGACGAAAAAAUUACGGACCAACUCCGUGGAUUAUCCGGGAAAACGGCUCUUCUUAUGGCGCUGCUUGGAGAGAUGACACUACAACAAAGCAAGAUCGUCAUUUCCAAGAACUCAGGGAUCAACGAGGAUGGAGACAUGCCUGCCGUUUCGUACGUUGUUCGAUCUCCGUGGGUGAGGCACCAGUCUGUCGAUGACAAUAUCCAGUUCGGACACCUCUUUGAUGAGGAGCGGUAUCAUGCCAUCCUGGAGUGUUACGCUCUGAAACCUGAUUUGGUGAUUUUGGAGGAUGGGGAUGCAAGGGAGAUUGGGGCCAGGGGUGUCGGCUUGUUGGGAGUGCUGUUGACAGUGACACGUUCAGAUUCUUGCACGAAAAACUCCUGUGUGGACCUCCGCUCGCAAAUCGAAGAGUUGUUCUCGUCACGCACCACGUUCUCCCUGCUGCCAACCACCUCGUCAGGAUGCUUGACCGCCGCAUCGAUAGCCAAGGUCCAAUUCAGGACUCGAGGUAUUCUGGAGAACAUCACGCAGGAAAAGUCAAGACUCAAGAAGGAAGAGCUCAAGGAAGCGGUGGCUGCGGCUGGCGAUCCAGAGGUUUUCGAUGACGCUCUGGGGGUGUUGAAUUUGUUCUCCCCCAUUUUCGACGGGAUUUGGCAGGACUUGACCGACUGA